GGGCUGGGAAAAGACUGAAGCAGCGGCGGCGGCGGCGAGGCGCGCUGCAUACACUGCUCGCCAGGCAGCCAAAGUUCAGCGCCGGGAGGAAUCUGCACCUCACACCCGGCGGGCAGCGGUCGUGUCAGCAGCUGUAGGGGCGGUGGCGGCCCGCCACACAGACAGAGGAGGAGGAGUAGGAGGAAGAAGCGGGGAGGGAGGUUGGGAGCUAGGAGAGAACGACCUAAAACUCGACCAGCUGAGGAUAUUUCGUUACCCCUUGGCUAAUUUCUGAGUAUUUCCUGAAGAUUGCACCAAAUUUCCUUCACCCCCAUUCCACUUCCAUCCCAUAUAAAAUGUAACUUGGCUUUUAAUAAGACACCUAAGACACAUGCCAUUUGCUGGUAUGAAAGCUUGAAGCACUGGCGAUUGCAUCUGCCGUGAGAAAGGGAACUUUGGGACUGAAACUUGGUUGGAUUAUGGCUCGCUCCCUACGAAAACAGUUCCCCUCCAGGUACAAAAUCACAGCAGAGAGCCCUUGGCACGGUGCACCCACAGACGCGGUAAUGCCAAGCCGCCUGCGAGAGUUCUGAUCUGCUUUGGAGUGCUGUCAAAAUCUCACACUUAUACGCAGAAAAGAAACCACGGCUUCCUCUUGGCAUUGAUUUUAAUAAGAGUUUUUGGCUUCUCGUGAAUAUAUCGACGUUUACGUUUUCCUCCUUAAUAUUGCCAUAUUUAGUUCAGUUGAAAACGGGGGAGUUACUCCCCAACCUUCAAAAACAGUUAAUUUCGACAUAUAUGCUGGUUUUCACACGUGGUGUUAAAACCACAACCGUUUAUUUUCUUGGGGGAAUGAACCUAUGGCAGCCACGCUGUAAGAAGAGGGAACAGAAAACGAAAUGAAGGAAAAGUCUAAAAAUGCUGCCCGGACUAGACGGGAGAAGGAAAACAGCGAGUUUUACGAACUGGCCAAAUUACUACCGCUGCCAUCUGCAAUAACCUCCCAGCUCGACAAAGCCUCUAUCAUAAGACUGACAACCAGCUAUUUAAAAAUGAGAGUGGUUUUCCCUGAAGGUCUGGGAGAAGCCUGGGGCCAGACCAGUCGCACUGGCCACUUGGAUAACGUCAGCCGAGAAUUGGGGUCCCACCUGUUGCAGACCCUGGACGGCUUUAUUUUCGUGUUGGCCCCGGAUGGGAAAAUUAUGUACAUCUCGGAGACGGCGUCAGUUCAUUUGGGACUGUCACAGGUGGAGCUGACUGGAAACAGUAUUUAUGAGUACAUCCACCCUGCUGAUCAUGAUGAAAUGACUGCAGUUCUAACAGCUCACCAGCCCUACCACUCUCAUUUUGUUCAAGAAUAUGAAAUUGAACGGUCCUUCUUUGUGAGGAUGAAAUGUGUCUUGGCAAAGAGGAAUGCUGGUUUAACCUGUGGUGGUUACAAGGUCAUCCACUGCAGUGGCUAUCUAAAGAUUCGUCAGUACAGCCUAGACAUGUCUCCUUUUGAUGGUUGUUACCAGAAUGUUGGAUUGGUGGCAGUUGGCCAUUCAUUGCCCCCAAGUGCUGUGACAGAAAUCAAACUGCACAGCAAUAUGUUCAUGUUUCGAGCUAGUCUUGACAUGAAACUGAUAUUUCUUGACUCCAGGGUAGCUGAACUGACAGGCUAUGAACCUCAGGAUUUAAUAGAAAAAACUCUUUAUCAUCAUGUCCAUGGAUGUGAUACAUUUCACUUGCGCUGUGCUCAUCACUUGUUGCUUGUCAAAGGACAGGUAACAACAAAAUAUUACCGCUUCCUUGCAAAGCACGGAGGUUGGGUGUGGGUUCAGAGCUAUGCAACAAUAGUCCACAAUAGCAGGUCAUCUAGGCCCCACUGCAUCGUUAGUGUCAACUACGUUCUCACGGAUGCUGAAUACAAGGGGUUGCAACUGUCGCUUGAUCAAGUAACAGCAACAAAACCAUCCUUUCCAUACGCAAACUCAACCCCAACCAUCACGGACUCCAGGAAGACAAGCAAGUCCCGUCUUAGCCGAACAAAAUCUAAACCAAGAACAUCACCUUAUCCUCAGUAUUCUGGAUUUCACAAAGAAAGAUCUGAAUCGGACCAUGAGAGCCAAUGGGGAGGAAGUCCACUCACAGACAAUGCUUCCCCACAACUGCUGGAUCAUACAGAAGGGUCACAGCCACAUUCACAGCAUGACAUUAUAUCCUGCGCCUACGGACAGUUUUCUGACAGAAAUUCUUUGUGCUAUGGCUUUUCCCUUGAGCACUCCAGAUCGGUGGAGGAAAGGCAGUCCCACUUCCACACAUCGCCGUGCGAGGGUGGAAGGUGCGAGGCAGGCAGAUACUUUCUUGGGGGCUCGCAAUCUGGAAGAGAGAAUUGGUGGAACUCCUCCCGUAUGACACUUGCUCUGACUAAGUCAUCUCCAGAGAGCAGGGAGGGAUAUGAAAACAGCAUGCCACACAUAGCUACUAUUCCCAGUAUUCAUGGAAGAGGACAUUGGGAUGAAGACAGUGCUGUCAGUUCACCAGACCCUUGUUCUGCCAGUGAAUCGGGGGACAGGUAUCACAAUGAGAGGUACCAGAGUAGUCCACACGAGCCGAGCAAAAUCGAAACUCUGAUUAGAGCAACACAGCAAAUGAUCAAAGAAGAGGAAAGCAGGCUGCAACUGAGAAAAACUACAUCGGAUCAGAUGCAGCCGAUGAACGGUGUAGCCAAGCUUCAUGCUGCAUGUUUCAAUGUGAACUACCAACAGCAACAAAUGACCAGUGUUGUGUGUCGUGCUCCACCAAUGUCUAACACCGCUCGCUGUGAUCACCUCCAACAAAGAGAUGGGAAGAUCGUUAGCCCUCAUGAGAAUGAAUACAAUGGCAGCCCCAUUUCACUCUCAAGAAUAAGUAGCCCUAAUUCAGAUCGAGUUUCAAAGACAAAUGUAGCCUUAAAUAAAGACUACCUAACUUCAGACAUGUCUCCUCAUCAAACAGGGGGGAACUGUUCAUCAUCGCCAAACUAUUAUUCCGCCCAUCCCCGACAGUACUUUGAUAAACAUGCAUAUGCACUGACUGGCUAUGCUUUUGAGCACUUGUAUGAUAGUGAAGCCAUUAAAAACUAUUCUCUGGGCUGCAAUGGCACUCACAUUGACGUGACCUCUCACUUCCGCAUGCAACAGGAUCCAACUCAUGCACAUAAGGGCACCACGGUUAUUAUCACCAAUGGAAGCUGAUGUUUUACUAUAGUAGAAGUUAGGGUGAAAGACAACAAGCAGGAAGAGUGCAGCAACUUGGAUUUAAAGGAAACAUUGAGGCUGCACUUGUAUUCCCAGUGCCAGCUUGCACAUAGGCACUGAACCGGGUUUACCACUCUGCUCUGUUUGACAGUUGGUCUAGUGUAUGCACUAUACGUUGAUACACAGAGUAUUUAAGGUUAAUCAAUAAGACCAGGUGGGGCAGGAAAGCUUUCCUCUUUUCUAUUUGUAGCAAAAUCAUAAGUAUGUGUUCUUUUGCAAGAUGUUUACAAUUCGCUACACCUAAGACACAAAGUUUUUCCCUUCCUUUUCCUAGCCCACCCCAGGGUAUAAACUGCAUUAAAUGGUUAGCCAGUUACUUCAGAGUUAAAUAUAAACCAGGCUAUAGGAUCUAUUUUGGUUUGUAUUUUAAUAUGUAUAAUGAAAAUGUUUCUAGAGCAUUCUGGCAGUAGUGUUAAGACAGGGGUGAACAGUUUAACCGUUUACAUUGCACCCAUUUAAAUGGAGUAAUUCCUGACUUUUAAAACAAAGUGUUGGUUUGAUAAACUGGUAGAAUGGGAAUUACAUUUAGCUGACCAGCCUAAAGGUAAUAUCACAAUUGAUAGCUGGCUGGUUGGCAACACCUGGUAUCCAUAAGUUAAUUCACAUGAGUCGCUAACGUAGCUGAACAUCGAAGGCUAAGUUAUGUUGUAUCAGCCACAUGUUGCUUAAGAGGACACGGUUAACAUGGAAAGGAAAAGAUUUAUGAAAGCUUUCAAGUAUCAAAGAGCAGUUUGAAUGUUGGCAUCAAAGCCUAUGUGUGUAGUAGUGAAGACUAAUGGGCACUUGAGUUUAACAUCCAUCGGCUCAGUUCACUUUUCAGGCGUACCAAAAUGCUUAUUGUGGAACAGGAAACCUCUUGUUUGCAAUUAGAGAAAUAAAUGCAGUGAACCAACAAAACAAAUCAAAUUAAAUCAAAGUUGCUUGGCACACAGCAGGGCUUUUGUUUUUACAAGGUAUUUAACACAUUUUACAAGGCAGUUCUUUUGCUGAAUAGUUCACACAGAAAGGAUGGCAGAUCGAGCAAUUUAACAGAGGAAGGCUGCAGACCAACAUUUAUGGAUAUAUUAUACAAAAAUUAGAUAUUUAUUUCUGUUGGUUGUACUCAAAAUAUUGAAACACCUGUACAGAUUAGGCCUAUUUUUGUUCCCUUUGCAAAUGCCCUUCCUUAAGAAUACAAGUCUAAUUUUCAAGGGUCUUGAGGUACAGUGGCAGUGUCUAUCUCUUCGCCAGGUUGCCCAGGUUUAGGUCCCACCAGCCUCAGAUGUACACCAUAGCAUUUCUGAACAGGUUAAUUCAAAAGCCCAAUUCUACACUUCUGAAAUUGUCAUUUUUAAAAUAAAAUUUCUAUACUGUUAAGAAAAAAAGUGUUUGGUCAUAAAUCUAAUCUUCUACCAAGUUUUCCAAUCUAGACCCAGCUAUGUGCAGGAAUUCCAGUUUGUCAGAGUGUUAAAAUCACUUACCUUGUAUUUGAGCAAUCUUAUAAUGAAUUUGCAAAGCCCUUUCAAUCAGGACAGAUGGCCUGAACUGACAAGCCCACCCAGUCUGAUUGACAAGCCUGCCUAUUGGUUGGUAAGAGGACCUAUUAGAAUGUGGUUUUCUACUUUCAAAACUGCUUGUUCAGUUUGACAUAGCAGCUAGUAAGAAUGUGUUGAAAAGAAAAGUCAAACGGACUUAAAAAUUGGCAAAAGCAGGCCAGAAUGCUACAGAACUGUAUCCUGUUUCUAUGGAAAUCAAUUUUCAAACUAGAAAGUCAUUUCUACUUAAAAGCCAGAGGGGUUAUUUGGGGAUUUUUAGUUAGUUUAGCAACUUUCCUCAGAAGUUCUUUCUCUGUACAUGACAGAAAUUAUAGUGAGUUCCUAUUAUGAAGACAGUUGGAUCAUCUCCAAUAUUCCUUUAAACAAUCAAGAAUACAAUUGAGAACAUGGCAUUUUCAGUUCAAUAAGAUCCUAUUGAAUAUCUUCAUUUUUGUUCUUUUAGGUUCCAAUGAUCAGCUACCUCCAUGUUUUGGCAGGUGUCCUGCCUUAAAAUUGUACAGUUCCUGGCUUGUUUCAUUAUUGUUUUAAUAGAUGAAACUGUAAAUAAUUGAGUGCAUGACUUGAGAUUACAGUUAUGGUCAAAGCCCAGAAAACUUGACUUAUUGACUUGCCAAUAAUAACAAAACAAAACUGGAACUCUGAACUGUAACUGGAACGAGAUGUAUGUGAUUAAAUUAUUGUCCUAUUGAGAGUUAAUUUUCCUCUGCAAUUAAUUUCUUUCUAACUUCAUAAGCUAAACAAAGACUUACCUUAUCAGCCCUAUACUUCAGCAGGUCACAAAAUAUUACAUCAAAAAUGACAAGAAAUCACAUGACAAGGAAACUGGACCAUACAACAGCCCUUAAAGCACCAUUUGAUAUUUUGAACAAUACAGAGUUUCUGGUUAUUCAGGAGGCUGGAUACUUAUAUAUGAAUAGAUGAGGGUCUGCCUUGCUUUCUCUGCCUUGGUGUCCCAAUUUAAUAAAACACUCUAGUGAUAUUCUGUUGGAAAUGUUACUGUUCUGAUAAAAUUCUGCCUGCACCCACCACUUAACAAUGUACAGUUGAUGGUAGCCUUGUAGUACAUGUUGAUGUGAAUACAAUUUGUAAAAUGGUGCCAAGUUCUUUUUGUGUAUUCAUAUAGAAGACUAUGAUUUGUAUAGUUAAUCCCUAAGAUCCUGUAAAGUGUUUCCUGUUAGAUUUAUUUAUAUUGUAAAUAGUUCCAACAUUUGAAGUACAUGUGCAUAAAAUGUAUUUAUUAUGUGAAGAAAUAAUG